AUGACCGCUCCAACGUCUAGACAUGAUGCCGAUGAGACGACGUCCCUUCUUCGCCCAGGGUUCAACGAUGCGGCGUCAGCUGUCGUCGACGAGGAGGCUGCAGAUUUCGACCUUGCCAAAGUCCAGUCCAUCGUCAGUAUAGGCGGAACCGAGCCAUUUCCAGACCUGAUACCUGGCGACAGCCCUUAUGCAUCAACCGAAGCGAAGCCAGAUGCACAUCCUCACUUUAUCAACGUCACUCACGCGGAAUUCUGGGGAGUGUUCUCCGGUAUUCUCUUCUCCUGGCUGCUGGCGAACUUCGACUCGACUCUGAUGGCCUCCAUUCACCCGGCCGUGACUUCGCAUUUCCACGCAGCCAACUCUGCAUCAUGGCUUUCUACCGUCUUUUUGUUAACUUCCACCGCAUUCCAGCCCGUGUUUGGUCGAAUCUCAGAUGUCUUUGGCAGACGACCGGUCUAUCUAUUUGCGGUUGUUACAUUUUUCAUUACGACGGCAUGGUGUGCUACCGCUCAGAGCAUCGGCAGCUUCAUUGCUGCUCGUGCCAUUUGUGGCCUGGGAGCUGGAGGGGUCAUAUCGGUCGGAAUGAUCAUCAGCUCUGAUCUUGUCCGCGUUGAAUAUAGAGGGACAUAUCAGUCCUAUCUCAACCUUGCUUACGGGACCGGUUCGUCACUUGGUGUUGCUUGCGGCGGCUAUAUAGCAGACACCCUAGGAUGGAGAGCUGCCUUUGGCAUACAACUACCCUUCAUCUUUCUUUACAUGGUGUUGGCAUACUUUACGGUCCCUUCGACUCUAGGCCCAGAGUUAGCCCGUAAUGAGGGUUGGACCCUUAAACAGGGGAUCAACACUCUCGACCUAAAGGGGUCGUUUUUGCUAGUUAGCGGAGUUACAACUUUGUUGCUGGCAAUGAAUCUUGGAGGAAACGUUCUACCAUGGCAUCACCCACUGGUGAUAUCGUCCCUCGUGAUGUUUUUCCUUUGCGUGGUGCCAUUUCUGAUGGUGGAAGCAAAAGCCACACGACCCGUCAUGCCGUUGGAACUCCUAUCCAAAUUCCCCCAGGCUAAUCUGAUCAUUUCAAAUUUCUUUGGAAACAUGGUCAUAAAUACUGUCUUAUUCAACGUACCGCUAUUCUUCCAGGCCGUGAAGCUAGAAUCACUAACUACCUCUGGGCUCAGGAUUCUUACAUCUUGCCUGGCACUCACGGUAACCAGCGUCUCCACGGGGUUUUUCAUCACCUGGAGUCGACGAUUGAAACCCACGAUUAUACUGGGGAAUGUCUGUUUCGUCAUUGCAGGUAUAGUCACCGGCUGCCUGACAAGGAGUACUCCAGGCUGGCUGGCUAUGCUCGCUCUGAUCCCUUCUAGCUUCGGCCAGGGAUUCGCAUUCCCAACAACAUUGGUGUCUACACUUGCUAUUAGCCCUCAAGCGGAGCAAGCUGUCACCACUACCACCCUUGGGCUGUUCCGAAGUUUAGGAUCAGUCUUUGGUAUUGCGGUCAGUAGCUGGACACUCCAGAACUCCCUUCUGUUCUAUCUCAAGCAGACGGUCACGGGCGACGAUAAAGCAGACAUUAUUAGACGGGUUCGCGAGUCCAUUACCGAGAUAUCUCACCUGGAUCCAGUCCAUCGGGACCAGGUUAUUGGAGCGUACGAGCAGGCGCUCCGCCUAACCUUUAUAAUUGGCGUCCUCUGGGCCUGGGUGUCACUGUUCAUCGUGCUGCCCGUCAAGCUGCCUCGCCUAGGCCGAAAGCCAUGA